ACGAUGCUGCUGCUGCUGCUAACUAGCGUCUCACGAUGAGCACCUCAAGUUCCCAGCGUCAUGUUUAACUCUGGUUGAACAGCUCAUAGACAUUGUGAGUGCAACACAACCAGCUCUCCUGUCAAACCUGGCAUAGGUGACAUCAGAGCCAUGGCAGCUUCACAGUCUGCCCUAACAUUUGCAGUGUGCAUCCUCAUGAUAACAGAGAUCAUACUUGCCAAGAAGGACUACUAUGAUAUACUGGGAGUGCCCAAAGACGCCACUGAGAGACAGAUAAAAAAGGCCUUCCACAGGCUUGCAAUGAAAUAUCACCCCGAUAAGAACAAGCACCCGGAUGCGGAAGUGACAUUUAGGGAGAUUGCUGAAGCUUAUGAAACUUUAUCAGAUGAGACCAGAAGAAGAGAAUAUAACCCGUUUGGCGACACCUCUGCCUACUUCACCGGGGAGACCCGACGCAGACACAGAGAGGGAGCCCAGCAGCCUUUCAGCUUUGAUGACAUAUUCAAAGACUCUGACAUAUACAGCCAGAACAGACACGCCCGUCACCGAAGACACUUUGAUGAACACUCCAGGUCCAACAAGGAGUCCCACAGCAGACACAAGAGACCCUCUCAAGGAGGCUUUGGAGCAGGAGGUAUCUUUGAUGACAUGUUUGAAGACAUAGAGAGAAUGUUUACUUUUGACAGACACAACAAGCAGUCGGAAAACCGGUUUCAUGGUGCAUCAAAACAACAUUGCAGAACAGUGACGCAACGCAGAGGAAACAUGGUGACCACGUACACAGACUGCACUGCACCUUGAGAUACAAAGUAUAAGUGAUUCAUGACUUAAAAUUGCCUUAAGGGAAUGCAAUACUGUUGCAUUGAUUAGGUCACUGAAAGCCACUUGGUUCAGGUACUGUGAAAUCUGAACUGUGACGUUUGAACUGACGCUCAGGCGAAGAAUGACAAGCUACACAGUUUAACAAGCUUUGGUCCAAAUUUAAAUAAGCUUCCUUUUACGUCAGGCUAUUUCCUUUGUGCCCUUGAACUUUGAAAUGAUUGUAGUACUUUUUCAGUUCUUGUUGAAGUCAAGCAUCUUCUUUUGAUAGUUGAACUUCAAAACAUUGUUAAUUUUACUGUUUUAAUACAUAAAACAGUCCAGGUGCACAAACAUGUGUGUUGUUCUCACGUAGUUCACCCACCACUCAGUUUUUGUAGAGUUUUAGGUUUCUUUUGUUUAGGUUCUGCUAUUGUAAGUCUCAAAUCACAGCUGAGGGCAGAGACAAUAGCUUCUAGCAGAAUUUUGCUUAUGGUUGUGAAAUGGGGAGCAAUGUCAACAACAACCUGGGACCCUGCACAUGUUGCUGUGUUCAGUCUGUGUUUUAGGAUUUGUUCUACAUCUUUUACUCAAGAGGACCAGUCUAACUUUUGAACACCAUGUAUUAUUAUGUAAUUAUAAAGAAUUAUAAAUAUCCCCAAAUCGUAAGAUAUAAUUAGGGAAGAGAUGUACUGUAUACAGAAAUGUAGGAGAAUUUAGUGGAUAUGGCUCAGACAGACCUGCAAUUCAAUUCAAAGUGUGAAGCUUCAAAUGUUGUAUUUUGGAGAAACAUUUUUAGCGAGUUUUAAAAGCAACUUGAAUGUAAUAUUUGAGACCAAUGUGUUGGACUAUACUAGCGAAGCGCUGUCUAUAAUUUUCAAUGUAACACAAGCUGAAAGUAAAGAACCACAAACCGCAAAUUUCAUUCAAAUUCUGCCUGGUUAUUAAUUCUUGUUAGCCUGCAUUAAUUGCUAAACUCCAUCUGUUGAAUAAUGGAAAUAUUAUGCACAUCUUGCAAAAAACAAAAAACCUUUUGAUGGGUGGUGGAGAAACAAAACAUCACAAAACGUCUGAAAAACUGAAAAUGUCCACACCUCAAGUUCCUGUUCAAGGAUUUAUUAGAUUUAUUUGCCACUAUAAAUCCUCCAUCUCCAUAUGUUGUCAUUAUUUUUCAAAGUACUUCUCUGUCACAUUAUGAGGGUUUAGUUGUUGUUUGAUAGAACAACAACAUAUAAUGUGGCCUCUGCUGAGCUCUGUUGUCGUAUAACUAUUCAUUUUACUAAGGCCACCUUUAGUACACUAAAGUCAAAGGUUUAAUUUAACUACAUUUAACUUAACCUGCUCUUUACUUUUAAAAUUUGAGAUAUUUUUAUGGAUUUACAUUUUGGAUUUCGUGAAACUUAACCACAACUCCUAAAAUGUAGGUAUUGAGCCACUUAAACUGUAAGCCAGAGUAUGAACUUUGGGUUUUGGGACUCAUAUUUCUAUUAAUCAGCAGAUUUUGUCUUUUCAAAAAAGUUUAAGACUGCAGUGUUGAAUACAUGUAUGUUACAUACAUACAUAAUAUUUUGCAGUGUAAAAUAUGAAUGUUUAGAUUAAGAUCAAGUGUUAAGAACGCUGCAGUGCAAAGCUGACGAAAUACUUAUAAACAGUAUAUGUGCUAAAAUGAAUUGAUGCUCUGCACAUGAUGAAACAUUCAAUACAUUCACAUUUCCCAACACUUGUGUUACCUCAUUCACGGAACUUGCUCCUUUGACAUUGUGCUGUGCAAUAUUUAUUUCUUAUAUUCAUAUCGUUGUUGUAAAAUGUCCAAUAGCACUUUACAGUUCCAGUUUUAUGUUUGUUUUUCAAAGAAUGUGAUUCUAGAAAUAAAAUGUA